CUGACGCAGAUCGUGUUUGAAAUGGUGGAAAAGUUUAAACCAUUCUUAAAAGAUGUUCCUUUAUUGCUGCUAUUAACACUGUUGGUGAUCAUCUGUGUAGAAGAAGUAGAACCAUUCCAAACUGAACCUACCGUGUGCAUUAGUGAUGGAUGCUUGCGAGGCACAGUGUUGCAGAACAGUGUCGGUGUCUCUUAUCCCGCGUUUCUGGGCAUUCCGUUCGCGAAACCUCCUGUCGGGAAGCUGCGGUUUGCGAAUCCACAACCAAACGACCCAUGGACGGGAAAGUAUGAUGCAACGAAGGCAAAGGAUGCAUGCAUCCAGAUGGUAACACUCGUGCCAAUGGCUCCCCUGUUUGGGAAGGAGGACUGCCUUUACAUAAACGUUUUCGUACCGGCCCUGGAAGUACGUGAUGCAGGACUAUUGCCGGUGAUGGUUUACAUCCACGGUGGUGGAUUUUUGUAUGGUUCAGCUCAAACGGAACAGCGUGAUCCUGCCCGCUUUAUGACCUGGCGUCGUGUGAUCGUUGUGACGUUCCAGUACCGCUUGGGUAUAUUUGGAUUUCUCUCCACGGGCGACCGGGCCGCUCCGGGUAACUUUGGCAUGAAGGAUCAAGUGAUGGCGCUCCGAUGGGUAAAGAAGAACAUCCGUGCGUUCGGAGGUGAUCCCAACCGAGUUACGAUCUUCGGUGAAAGUGCUGGAGGCUCCAGUGUACAGUUUCAGAUGAUCAGUCCACUGAGCCGUGGUCUAUUCCAUCGGGCAGUAAGCAUGAGCGGUAGUGCUAUCUCGAGUUGGAGUGUACCAAUCGAAAAUCCUCUCAUGCUGGCAAGGGCACAGGCGAAAGUGCUCGGUAUAGUGGACGCCAGCGAGCUAUCGACGGAGGAGUUGGUGGAGCAGUUGCGCGAGGUGGAUGCCGUCGAGCUGACACGCAGUACUGAACGGUUAAAGCUGUGGGAUAUUCACCCGAUCACACUUUAUCAUCCGGUGGUGGAGCCUCCGGAGGAACCAGAGCCCUUUUUGGCCGAGGAUCCUCGGGCUGCCUGGCGCAGGGGUGCAUAUGCGACCGUUCCUUGGAUGACGGGAAGUAUUCCGAACGAUGGAUCGAUCGUCACACAGACGAUCUAUAGAAAUGAUUCACUGGUUGAGGAUUUAAAUUCCAAGUUUGUCAAUCUGUUGCCACUUAUACUGAGAACUAGCAUCACUAAAGAGAAACUCGCACGGCUAAGAAAACGAUUCCUCAAGAACACUCCUCCCUCGAAGUGGGUUACCAAGGAUAACUACGCUGAGAUCACUAAGCUAAUGUCGGAAGCCUGGUUCCUGUAUCCAAUGGUGAGAAGCAUCAAACAACACCAUGCCAACCGGAAGCACACCCCAACCAGUGUGUACUCCUUCCAGUUUCGGGGUCGGUACUCCUUCUCCAAAUUGUUCACCGGCACGGACACACCGUACGGCAUUAGUCAUCCCGACGAGAUGAUCUACCUUUUCCGUAUGCCACUGUUUUUCCCCGAGUUUCCACCAGGCUCGCCGGAAGCGGAAAUGACUCAACUAUGGGUCAAGUUUUUCGUUGACUUUGCCACACACGACAUAGUUGACAAGGUGGGGACAUGUUAUGGUGAAAAGUGUGAAGUGAUGACGUUUGCAAACACAAACAAUCGAUACUUCCCCGUAAGCAAACGGCUCGUGCCAGGAUUAGACGAAGAGAUGUACAGUUUUUGGAGGAGCUUUUUGGAGGAUAAGUAACGCCAUUGAUUCGAGUUAAAUGUGAGGGUUAUGGUUUACUGUGCCGCUUACAUGUUCUUAAUUUAUUUGUAUUUUAAGUAUUACCCACUAAGCGUCAACGUCUACAUGCUAAUGUGACAACGACGUGCCAGGUAUUAAUCUAGAAGGAAAUAAACCAGAUUUUUUUUUGUUCUUUUCA